UCUGCUCCUGCGCUCUCUUGGUAUCUUCACACGAUUACAGUUAAUUAAUGCAAAUGCAGGUUGCAUUCGCAUACAGUAAAUCCCAUUUAAUUGACAUAAAUAAAUGCAUUUACAUGCGUUUUUGCUUGUGUCGUAUCAUUUUGGCCAAAAUUAUAAUAAACUACGCAAAAUAAACAAAGAUCGGCGCAGCAACCUUGCCACAGUUUCUCGAACCGUGUCACUUAACUGUCACGGAUUUAUCCCCCCCUUCGCUCUCCGCCGCAGCAGCAACCAUGCGAUAUAACGGAACCGUACUGCCCCGCCGCGCACUCUCGCUUUCAGGGCCUGUGGGGCUGGCUUAAUUAAUUUAAACUAGAGCUAGAGCGGAGGACGCCUUAAGUCGUCGGACAAACAAAAGCCAACAGCGCCACAGAUGCUACACACACAAACACACACUCGUGUGCAUACACAGACAGUGUACAAUGUUUAAUAUUAAUUUUAUAUAAAAGCAACAACAAUUAAUUGUAAUUGACUCAGUCGCACGGGCAGCACACAAGAGGCCAGGUCGGGAACUCUUUUGAUUUCUUCUCUUUAUUUUUUUCGUAUUCGCUUUGCGUUGAGUGCAACAAAUGAUGAUGAUGAUACGAGCCGGAGGACUCCGCUGUCAUCUCCUGCUCCUGCUCCUAACCAUUUGCGGCAUGGCCUGGGGCGAUGUGACAUAUCGCGGCAAUGCCGUGCAUCCAGAUUAUCCCGGGCAGUGCUAUUAUGAGGAACUCAAUCAGGCAAUACCCAAGAAGCAGUCCUACAAGCCAAUCAAUCGCGAGGGCUACUGCCAGUCCAUCUACUGUCGGCCGGACUAUGUUCUCGAAAUUGGAUACUGCGGCCGCCACAAUCUGAUGCCCAACGAAAGGUGUAAAAUUGCCAGCGAUAUGCGGCGCACAUUCCCCGACUGCUGCCCCAAGUUGAUCUGCCAGGAGCAGGAGCCGGAGAGCAACUACAUCUAGGCCCGUGUAGCCUUUAGGCUGUGGAUCGUAUUUGUUAGUAUUAUCAUUGUCUUCUAUGCAACCAGCAAUUAAUUGUACCUAAGGGAAUAAAUUUCGAUUUGCGACUGUUCAAAGCUGAGA